AGAAGCAAGUGCAUUCCAGCCAUGACUUGAUCAGUUGAUGGCCUUAUUUUCAGCUUGACUCGAAGCAAAAGUCACCGGCAGACACCAGUACGGGUGAUCAUGUGUUCCCGGCCGUGGAUGCCUUGCAGUCAUUGUCUUUGCAUACAUGUACGUAGGUUCCGCUAGUGUUCCCCCAAACAUGAUUGCGAAUGAAACCAGUAGCACUGCCUCGCUGCAACGAGCUGACGAUGAAUGGAAUCCACUGUCGAACAGCCGAGUUUAUUCAAGUGUCGGAAGUGUGCAGCGUCACAGCCGACUGACUGCCAGCAUGUCGGUGACCAGUGUUGACGGCGCAGCAGGUGAUGAGGACGCCGACGACGAUGCCGAGCAGAGCGGAUUCGUCGACGUCAAUCUGGCCAGCGACGAAACGGCCACUGCGGCGACGGCAGCGGCACCCGCUCAGAGCUCGAUGCGACGGAGCUUACCGAUCUCUAAAGGCUUCUCCAUACUGCGCCGUCAGCCGCUCGCAAGCAGUACGGAGGUAUCGCCGACAACAUCGGCCGGUGAUAUCCCCGUUGCCGUGCCCACCGCCGCCGUGGCAAUGAUGGAGUCUCCGCCGCCGGUCGUGUCGUCCCUGCACGGGGAGCCGUACUCGCCCUGGAUGAACGUUUCGUCUUCGUCGGCCGCUACCGCAGCCGUGGCCGCGGCGCAUCCUACGAGCAAACCUGCCGUCAGACGAUCCCUCGACGCGUCGUCCUCGGCCGGUGCGUCGCCCACGGCAACCGUGCCAAUGGCGUACCCCGUCACGAAAUCGCCUGUGCACGUCGCUAGCAGCUCGCUGGAGGCGCAGUCCUCGGCCGUCGGAUCCCCGCUGUCCAUUGCCCAUGAGGACUGGUUCGGAAACGCUCUCUCGGCGACCCGUCACCCUCGCCCGGUUUCCGCGCCUCCCAGUCACAUUCGCAGGACCGGUUUGAACAGUAACGGCAACGGGGCGCUAUCGGAGAAGGCGAAAUCGCGUACGCCGCCUCCGCACAGCUUGGGAUCGCGUACCACGUUUCAUCCGUCGCUUCGUCGACAAGCCGACCAGGCACGCACUGAUGUUAGCGUGCCAAUAGCCUCCGAGAUGAUGUACUCGUCCAAUAGUAGCUGCCUGACAGCCAAGGAACUCAAGGCCAUGGAUGCGCGUGUCAAGAAAGCAACGGAUGGCUUUAGUCAGUGCUUAAGUUGUAUGCCUCGGUCGGCCAUGAUCGGCUUGUAUCGCAUACAGGAGCACACACAUCAUGCUACCCCGGCUGUAACGGGACUCAAGCGGCAGUACGUAGACUUGAAGAUGAAGAUUCAGGGCACUACAUUCGACGCCGAGUAUGCUGAACAGAUGGUGGACAGUAUGCGAACAAUCAACACUUUCUCCUCAAUACAGCAUCAGCUGAACCGCUCCAUCCACCUCAAGCAAAUGCUGGACGACAAGCUAAAAUCGAAAAGAUGACCACGGCCAUGCAGCUGGUCGGCUGUAUCAAUGCGUACCGCUAGCGGUUUUGGUUUACACGCGCUGCACACGGACACGGUGCUAUCUGAUGAGUUGACUUGCGUCGUCAACGGUUGAUCACCCUGUGCAGUGCACUAUCAAGAGCGGUCCACCAGACGUUCAGCUUAUCCCGAAAUGCUUUCCGGUAAAGUGUGUCCGGCUGCUGGGCAUAUGGUCCAGUGGUCCAGUCGUUUGGUCCUGUUCUGUGCGCCUGUUCUGGGUCGUCAGUAUGCCUCAGCACGCACCAUGGUUGCUUGCAGUGUCUGCCCGAGUCCGAGAGUGCAGGCGAUAUUUGCUGGACAUGGAUAAAACAGCCUGCCCCUGGGUAUCAGUGUGCCAGCGUGGAGAGUAGUGAAAUGUGAAGAUAAAACAGUUUUAAAAGGCUGGAUUCACGCCACCAUCGGUAUCGGCGUGAAAUCCACACGUAACGAUAUGCGUGUGUGCCACGCAUGCAACUGCCAGGCCAGCGUCGCACCCCUUGACGGCCCUGCAAGCCUAACAGGAUAUUUCUGUUCCGGCCAAUUGCACCCGCAGCCUUACACCGUACUUCAAUGCCACAGCCGCACCCGGUGAAACCUGGCCUUGCAGCAGAGUGAGCAUCCUGCACUAAGUUAGUACACCGCACAGUGCAGUUAGCACCCAGUUGCACCAUGUGUGCCGCCCACUGCUUCUUUUCCUCACUCACGAGGCUAGGUUGAAUCGAAUUGCACUGCACUUGUCUUACCAAAUUUUGCUCGUCAAUCAUUUCCCAUCACGUACUGUGUCAUAAUUAUCUCGCUGCAACCAUGUUGAGUGGCGCCUCUCUCCUGAACACCGGUACACAAGGCCCGCUCUCAGGGCCAACUCAGGAACGGCAUGUAACAAAUAGCUGCUUACAGCCAUUCGAGUGUUCGGUGCUGUGUGACGACAUGCUCCGAGGUUUGCAGCCCCUGGGCGCUGUGUGCGCUUUAUUAUUAUUUUUUAAGUAGUUGCUUGUUCGAGCAUGCCAAUGUUCAUGUAAUCGUGUCUGUUUCUCGGCUUGAUUUCUUUCCGAUCCAUCAAAUACUCCUGACCGAAGAUUAAUUCUCGUUUGUUCUACAUGUCGUGUCGUUGUUUCUCAUUCUGUUGCCCUUUUUAUUGUCUUGCUGACUAUUUGCUGCUACCUGCUAUAUAAUAUAUUAUGUCCGUUCAUGCUGCAACAUUUCAGAGUCUUCACUCCUUUUUGCUGGUCUUUGAUUGCCCCCCCCCCCCCCCUGCCCAGUUUUGGUCUAGUAUGACCUGAAGGCUGUGGGGCUGUGCUGCUAUAUUCUUACUUCAUAAUAAACUCCGCUGCUCGCUUUUGCAGCAGUAGUUUUCAGUGUUUCUGGCCUUUCCUUACCUCCAGCCCUCGUGCUCCUACUUCCAGCUCUGCUCCCUGUGCUUUUUAACUUAUUUUCUUUUACCAUCGUUGUGUAGCGUUAUGCGCCUUCUUGUAUUCACCAUGCUAAUCCAGCGUACUGACCGUACUUCACGUAGGCAGUCAGCUUUGACUUGAUUACCCCUCGAAACAGCUGAUGUGCUGUGGUCCGCUA